CUUAAACUACACAGUUUUGAUAAAGAACGCCUUCAUCUGAACACAAACUGAAAACACGAAACAGAUCAAUCGUCUCUUCCUUGCCGCUGCUUCAGUGUCCAUUUCCGCCCCCUGCCGCCGCUGCCGCCUGCGUUUUUUCCGUCCGCAUCCGCUGAUUCUUAUCUUCUAUAGCUUCCGCUUCUGCUGGUUGGGAGGACAGGGAUUUGAAUGCUGAAUUGCUGAUACUUGAAGACGUCAUAUGAUAAUAACAUAAUACACAUUCUUGAUGAAAUAAUAUAUCCACAUUGAGGAGCAAAUGGAAUCGAUUUUCAUUUCAAACAUUAUUAAUUCUACAUUUGGGUGGGUGAAGGUGGCUCUGGAUGCUCCCUCUGCUCGAGCUGUCGUUUUUGGAGUUCAUAUUGGAGGACAUCUUUUCGUUGAGGGUCUUCUUCUAGUGGUCAUUCUUUUUCUCCUUUCACAAAAGAGUUACAAGCCUCCUAAACGCCCAUUAACAAAGAAGGAAAUAGAUGAAUUAUGUCACGAAUGGGUUCCAGAACCCCUCAUCCCUCCUAUUACGGAAGAGAUGCAAUACGACCCCCCCGUUUUGGAGAGUGCUGCAGGGCCACAUACUAUAAUCAAUGGCAAAGAAGUUGUGAACUUUGCUUCAGCCAACUAUCUUGGACUAAUAGGUCAUGAGAAAUUACUUGAGUCGUGCACCUCCGCAUUGGAAAAAUACGGUGUUGGUUCUUGUGGUCCACGUGGAUUCUACGGAACAAUUGAUGUCCACCUUGAUUGUGAGGCCAGAAUAGCUAAGUUCUUGGGGACUCCUGAUUCAAUUCUGUAUUCUUACGGACUUUCUACCAUGUUUAGUGCAAUACCAUGUUUCUGCAAAAGAGGAGAUAUCAUAGUUGUUGAUGAGGGAGUCCACUGGGGAAUACAAAACGGCCUUCAUCUUUCUAGAAGCACCAUUGUGUAUUUUAAGCAUAAUGACAUGGAAUCAUUACGAAAUACUUUGGAGAAAAUAACUGCAGAGAAUAAGAGUGCUAAGCAAUUGCGUCGCUACAUCAUAGUUGAAGCAGUAUAUCAGAAUUCUGGCCAAAUUGCUCCAUUAGACGAGAUCAUCAGGUUGAAGGAGAAAUACCGCUUCCGUGUUCUGUUGGAUGAGAGCAAUUCAUUUGGUGUGCUUGGCAGGCUUGGAAAAGGUCUAACAGAAUACUAUGGGGUUCCAGUUGAGAAGAUUGAUAUUAUAACUGCAGCUAUGGGGCAUGCAUUAGCCACUGAAGGAGGAUUCUGCACUGGAAGUGCUAGAGUCAUUGAUCACCAACGAUUAAGCAGCUCUGGAUAUGUUUUUUCUGCUUCUCUGCCUCCAUAUCUUGCAAGUGCUGCAAUUACUGCAAUUGACCUCCUGGAGGAUAAUCCUGCUCUAAUUAACAAUCUGAAAGAAAACAUUGCUAUAUUAUGGAAAGGGUUGUCCAACCUACAUGGACUCUCUAUAGCAAGCAAUCCAGAAUCCCCGAUUGUUUUUCUGAGACUAGAGAAAAGCACAGGUUCUUUGAAAGGUGACAUAAAGAUACUUGAAGAUAUUGCUGACCGCGCAUUGAAGGAAGACUCUGUAUUUGUAGUAGUUUCCAAAAGAUCAACACUAGAUAAAUGCCGUUUGCCCAUAGGAAUCAAAUUGUUUGUUUCGGCUGCCCAUUCCAAAGAUGAUAUGCUGAAGGCGUGUGAAUCUUUGCAGAGAGUUUCAGCAUUGGUGCAGAGGAGUAAUAAUUGAUUGUUGCGUGUCAGCACAUUUCAUGUCAAUGGAACUUCUAGAUCUUUCUUCGUCGGCCUAACAUUUUUGAAGGAACGAAUUUGAGUAGGGGAGGCCUGCCGAUGUUCCUUCAUAGGUAAAGGGAAUUAUUUCCCAAUUCUUGUUCAUUUUGUAAUGGACAAAAUCAUGAAAAUCGUAUCAUUGUUGAUGAAAAAGUAUGAGUUAAAUUUUAUCUGUGGAUGGUUGUAGUUUAUGAUGCACGUAGACUUUGAGAAAGCUGUUUUCCCUGUCACGGAUUAUCAUUUCUCUUAUCCAAUGUAAUAAUGUAAUCAUAUGAUCAAAUUUGAUAGAAGUUUAAUUGUUUGGA